AUGUUUAAAAUACAUAAACAAAAAUUUAUUAAAAUAUAUAAAUAAUAGAAAAAAAUAAAAAAAGCAAAUAAUUCAUUUGAGUUUGUAAAUUUAAAAAAAAACGAUAAAGUUAAAUAUUUAUCGGAUAAUAAUUUAAUAAAAUAAUAAAAAAAUAAAACUUUAGAAAACUAAGGCAAUUAUAUUAUAAAUAAUAUGCCAAGCACAUUACAAUUCUACUAUAUUUUAUUAAAAAUACUUCCUGAAGGAAUUCUUCUUUUAGGAAAUAAGAUUUUUCACAUUCAAUUUUUAAAUAAAAAUAUUUAAGAAAUUCUACAAAUAGACAGUAAGUUUUUAGUUGAAAAACUCCUUUCUUUAAAAAACUCAGAAUUUAAAGAAUACGGAAAUGAUAAAAAAGACGAUUCCACAAGUACUAAUAGUACUCUAAAAGGUUAGACUAUUUAUGUAAAUUAAUGCAAAAAUUUAAAAAGUUUGUAUGAAAAGAUUAUCAAACUAACAAAUUAUUAAUUAAAAAAAAAUUUUCUUUAAGGUAUAGAAGAGUAGUCUUAAAAAUUUAUCAUGUAUUGUAAUUUUAAUAAUAAAAAAAAUUAAAAUGAAGAUGAUAUUAAAAAUUUAGAAAUUACCUGUGUACCAACUAUUAUAGAUAAUUAAUCUUCAGUCCUUUUUGUAAUAAAAGAUAUAAGCAAUAUAAAAAAAUUAAACUAUUUAUAAAUACUAAACGAAAAUAAAUCAAAAAUGCUCUCAUAAGUAGCACAUGAAUUCAGAACUCCUUUAAAUUGUAUAAUUUCUUUAAUAGAAAUAGCCGAGGAGCAAAAUACUUAUUUGCAUUAAUUCCUAAAACCAGCCUUAAUAAGUGCUUAAUAAUUAAAUUUUAUGGUGAAUGAUAUUCUAGAUUUCACUUAAAUAAAAGCAAAUAAAUUUUCUCUAAAUUAUCAAAUAUUUGACUUUUUAGAUCUUAUAAAGCAAAUUAUUCUUUUAUUAAAUAUAGAAGCAAGAAAAAAGCAAAUAGAACUAUUAUAUCAAUAUGAUCCUUAAUUACCCACUUUUAUCCAUAGUGAUCAAAAUAGAAUCAGGCAAGUUUUAAUAAAUUUAAUAGGAAAUGCAUUAAAAUUUACUAAGUAGGGUUCAAUAACUAUAAUAGUGAAAAAAAAACUUGUAAAUAAAAUUCUAGUACAAGUAAAAGAUACUGGAAUAGGAAUUUAAGAAAAAGAUCAACAAAAAUUGUUUUAUGCAUUUGGAAAAAUAAAUGGAGAGGAAGAAAAUUUAUUAAAUCCGAAAGGAGUUGGACUUGGUUUAAUGAUUUCUCAUAUGUUGGCCAAAAUUUUGGGAGGUGAAGAAGGAUUACAUGUAGAAUCUGAAUACGGGAAAGGAUCUUGUUUUUAAUUUAUGGUUAUGAAUUAAAUAGAAAAAUAACAAGAAGUUGAUAAAAUAAUUUAAAAUAAUAAAUUUACUUUUUAAAGAAAUAAAUAUAGGGCUUAAAAUAUAUUAAUUAUAGAUGAUAAUUAAUUUAAUAUACUCGUUUUAAAAGCUAGAAUUUAGAAUAUUACAAAAGCUCAAAUUUAAACUGCUUUAAGUGGAAAGGAUGCUAUGAAAAUUGUUAAGCAAAAAUAUGAGAAAUUAGAUUAAUAUUUUUAGUUGAUUUUUCUUGAUUUAAGUAUGCCAGAUAUUGAUGGGUAUUAAACUUUUAAUUUAUUAAAACAAUUUUAUAAUGAGAAGAAAUUAUUUUAAUAUGUAAAUGUAGUCGCCUGUAGUGGGUAUUAAGAUUGUAAAGAAUAAAAUAAAGCAAUGAAAGUUGGAAUGACUGAUUAUUUAACAAAACCUAUUGAUAAAGUUAAAUUAUAAUAAAUUUUAUCUAAAUAUUUAUGA